UAUGUUCUGUGAUGCCGUCUUCCUCAGGUCUUAAAUCCCACUCAAGCUUUUGGUGAUGUAAUGGUUGAAACCGAGUAUGUUGAAUGUACGGCAUCUGCCAUCCAGGUUCUUGUAUUGUUCAAACGCUUACAUCCUGGAUACCGAAGCAAAGAGAUAGAAGUUUCUGUGGCCAACGCAUCAAGUUAUAUCAAAGAUGCACAGAUGAGCGAUGCUUCUUGGUAUGGCAAUUGGGGGAUUUGCUACACGUAUGGAACAUACUUUGCAUUAAAAGGGCUAGCUUCUGUUGGAAAGACGUACAGAAAUAGCAGGACAGUUCGGAAAGCUUGUGAAUUUCUGCUGUCAAAACAGCACAACUCCGGAGGUUGGGGAGAGAGCUAUCUUUCUUGCGCCAACUCGAAGUAUACAGAGAUAGAAGGAAACAAAUCAAAUGUUGUACAAACAGCAUGGGCAAUGAUGGGUCUUAUUUAUGCAGGACAGGCUGGGAAAGAUCCAGCUCCUUUACAUCAAGCAGCAAGGCUGCUUAUCAACUCACAGAUGGAGAAUGGCGAGUUUCCUCAACAGCAAAUCACCGGGGCCUCCUUGAGGACUUGCAUGCUACAUUAUGCAUCAUUUAAGAACAUAUUUCCGCUUUGGGCUCUCGGAGAAUAUCGUAAGCGUGUACACCUGCGAAGGCUUUAA